GCGCUUCCCCGCACCCAGCCCGGCCCGGACCCAGGGCCCCGCCGGCUGGUCGCUCCCUCGGGUCCCGAAGGUGGGACCCAGGCCUGGGUUGCCAUGGAUACCGUGUCCCUGGAGCAUCAGAUCCAGAGCGUGCAACGCCACAUCAGCUUCCUGAAAAAGGAGCAGAUGGCCCUGCUGCGAGACCUGCACCUGGAAAUCCUGAGGCUGCAGAAACGCUGCUCAGAACUGACCCAUGACCUGGAGAUGAGAGAGGCCCAAUCUCACCAGCAAGAGGCGGCAUCCCGGGAGCUAGAGAGCAAGUGCCGCGCGCUGGAGUCGCAGCUGGCGGCGCGGACCGCGGCCAACGCGGAGCUGCGGCAGGAGGUGGCGCAGCGCGAGGCGCUCGUGUCCGCCCUGCGCUGCAGCCUGCGCGCCGAGGAGCGCCGCUUCCUGGAGGAGGUCUUGAUCCUGCCACAGGCCAAGUAUGGGCAGACCCAGCAGGGAAAGCAGCAGGUGGGGACCCCUCAGCUGUGGAACAAGCAGGGCACAAUGGGCAAGGCCGUGUGCGGCUCUGUGCCACUGCUCCCUCCAUCCACCACAGUGACCUGCAAUUUGGGGGCACUGUCCGGGGCUGGAGCAGGAUAG